UGUUGCUUUGGACGUUCAUUAUUCCAUGUUAGCCGUCGCUGCUAACGCCGUAGCGAACAGCUGUAUUGGCGAGCUACGAUGGCACAAGCAGCACAGGCCCUCGACGUAAAUGCUUCUCAGAUCCAGGUGGAGCACGACAAAAAGCGUCGACAGUUUGUCAUACGACUCAAUGGAUCCCAUGACCGUGCAGUUCUUCUGUAUGAAUAUGUCGGGAAAAAGACGGUGGACUUGCAACACACUGAAGUUCCUGAUGCUUACAGAGGGAGAGGAAUUGCCAAGCAUCUUGCUAAGGCAGCCAUGGAUUUUGUGGUAGAAGAGGAUCUGAAAGCCCACUUGACCUGCUGGUAUAUUCAGAAAUAUGUCAAAGAGAAUCCUCAGCCUCAGUACUUUGAACAUAUUUAUCAAUGACCCCCACAUGGCUCCAACAGAGAAGAAGGUGUAAGAGACUCCUGGGAGAUAAAUACUGUGUGGUGGUGGUGGCAGCAGCAGUAGCAGUUUUGGAGUCACCGGCUGAUGCACAGUAAAGGACCUUCCGGGCUUGGUAAACAUGACACUGAGUGAAUCCAGAGACAACUUGACCCGAAUGUUGGAUCAACUGUAAUGUCCGACUGGUCUGCAGUACAGACCAUAAUGUACCAGGGAUGUACCUUCACCAGGAAUUGAAUCCGCUGCACUUGACUUGUUAACGUGAGCAAAUCAACCAACCAAAAGUGAAGCCUGUUACCUCAAACGGAAACUCAUCACUGACUCUAAGCAAGCAAUAGGUAUGUCAUGAAUACAUAUGUGACUGGAAUAUGUGUUGCUGAUGUUCUGUCCUCCUUUGGACUCACUGGUUGUGAACACUACAAGAUGGCAGACCCAGGUGUCUUUCUCCACGAUGGCCUGGAUGGAAGCUAUAUCGUCUUCACUGACGCUGAAAGGCUCAUAGCAUUUUAUAUUUCAACCCUCUUUUGUUAUUCUUUUGAGAUUGGAUAUGUUUCCAAUUUGAUUUACACUCUAGGAAAUUGUGUUUCUUAGGGCUGAAAUUUUAGUAUGGUAGGUUGUCUACUAGAUGCAUCUAUGAAACGUCCCCUUUUUUUCCCCUUUGUAACUUGAAAGAAAUAGAAGCAAUACAUUUGGUGGGUAAUGGGUCAUUUGAAUAUAUCUGUUACCAGUAACAGAUACUUACUGUCUGUUACUGGAGCCAUAAGUCAAAGUGCAUGGAUUUUUAAACCAAAGAACACAAACAUAUUAUAUUAUUUGGCUUUGGAGAACACAACUGUUUUCUCCACUGUAAACAUGUGAUGAAUUAGGUCUAAAGCUUGUCACUGCAUAACAACAAUGUGAGUGUAUUUGGAUCAAUAAUUCUGCUGAAACCAGCAUUAAAGACAGCAGUGCUAUAUUCAGGGUAUUAACAUUCUAAGGUGUUGAACAUUCUUUGUUCUGUCCUUGAGGAGGAGUCUUUUGCCAGCUGAUGUCGAAUGAUUGAGGUCAUCAGAGGAGAAAUGUUUUCCUGAAAACUCUAGAGUUCCCUUUUUUAAUUUCGCUGUUGACAAUCAAAGGAGUUGAGGAGAAACAUACCUCAGGGGACUCGACACACACUGACGGGAACAACACCUGAAGCAGAUUAUCUGCUUCAAAAACCACCUAAAGGAAACUGCAGGAAAGUUAUUUUUUUAAGUUAUGUGGUGCACGCCUAUUUGUAUGUUUUGGUAGUCAAAGUAUUAUUUCUAUUUUUGUCUUUUUUGUGUGUGUGUGUUUUGUUUAUUUUUCUGCAUUUUCUUUAACACUUCUGAGCAGGUGGUUCUAUUAAUAAGCAUGUGCUGGAUGUACCAGUCACCUACAAUGUUUUGUGCUUGAGACUUUUUUUGUGUAUGGAUAAAUAAACUCCAUGCUCAUUACAGAA